CUUAAACAUCCGGCCCAUAGGAUUCAACUCAAUCACAGCGAUUAAAACGACGGCGCUCUUUACACUCAGUUUCUUUUCUCUGGGUCUCAGUGUCUGUUCAUCAUCUGAACCUCCAAAGGAAAAUAUUGGGGCCGUGGCAGUGGCAGUGGCAGUGUCUUCUAACUAAUUGGAGAAUAGAGUUCAUUCCAAUCUUCCCCGAGCACGAGUUGGUCUUUUAAAAAAAAGAUGAUAAGAAUAUUAAAACUGAAACCCCUCUCGUUGUCUAUUGAGUCUUCGAGCCACCAGUUGCUUCAGCGAUGCUCUGUGAGUGGAACUGCAAAGGGUAAAGGAAAGCUGAAAGCAGCGCAACCAUUGAAACGGUCGAAGGUGACUACAAAGAAAGGCGCAGGGGAUGCUCCUGCUAAAGGUGGAGGGAAAGGUCAUAGUGAAAAAGAACGCCUGGAAAAGUUUUAUGAUCAAUGCUUAAAUGCUCCAACACCUAUUAGGUACUUGACACCAAAACAAAGAGAACGCGAAGCACAGCGUGAGAAGUUAGGCCUUAUUAGCAAAGAUCGACAACGCGAGCUUGACAUGUUGAAGAAAAACAAGGGGAAAAAGGGGAUUUCGGAAACACCAACAAUUAUUGGAACUCCUGGUUUGGAUCUGAUAUCACUAGGUUUGGUUGAUGAAAAGGAUAUACCAAAGUAUGAACUGACUGUUGAAGAUGGUCGGAGGCUUGCAAAGGAGUAUAGUAGGGUUUUAAUGAGGCGUCAUCGAGCAAGGCAGGCAGCAGAGUCGAAUCUUCUGCGGUUGAAGAAAGAGGCAAUUGAGGCAUUGCCUGAACAUUUGAAGGCAGCUGCAUUGGUACCCGAUCUGACUCCUUUCCCAGCUAAUCGCUUCAUGGCAACUCUAACUCCUCCAAUUGAAGGUUACAUUGAGAAGGUGAAGGAAGCAGCAAGAAGGAGCAGUGGGAAAGAGAAACUCAGAUGAUUAAAGAUAUGUUAUGCUUGCAAGGAGAAGAGCUUUGAAGUAGGAGAACUAGCAACUACUGGAGUCAGAGAGUUAUGUUCUAACUUGACAUGGGCAUCACAGCUCUGAGGAGCUGAUAAAAUAAUUUACCGAAUCUAGAACUGCUGUUACUUUUUGGUUGUUAGCUUUCAGGUUUACUGAGUACUCAAUUUUGACUGAACUGGCGAGUUUUACAUGUUUGCACGAUCCAAUCUUGAUGUAUGUUUUAUUUGAUCAACCUUGAACUAUUUGUAAGAAUCAAUACCAGCAAUCCACAAGCUUAGAAAUCCUACUCUGGCACAAUAUUAUUUCCUUUAAAUUUAUUAUGUUACUAGUGCAUGAGAAGCCAUGCUUUUAUU